UGUAGCUGAAUUCAUAUGAAAGCUAUUAAUUGAUUGUGGCAACCCUUAAAAUCAAAGUGGCAACCCUCAGGAUCGAAGUGGCAGCACAGAAUAUUUUGAAGUUGGCAGUCUGCAGGUAACCGGGUGUUAGAAUGCGUAAAAUGUAUUUUAAAUCUGUUUUAUAUGUAUCUGAUCUGUCUGUCAUUAAAAAAACAAUCAAAUGUAUUUUUAGUAUAGAUAGACUAUCCCUCAUUUAGGCAACUAUUAAUGGAUAUAAUCGCAAUUUUUCAAUUAAAGUUUUGACCGUAAAUCUAAUUGUCAAUGUAAUUGUAAUGCAGCCUUCCAUAAAAUCAUCAAUAAUGUUUAUCAGAUAUAGUUAUUGAAAAACAUUUGCCAUAAAUAACUUGUUUUAUUAUAUUUUGGAAUUAGACACGCAAUGUGGAUUCUCUUCAUACUUUUAUUGUUUUGCGGCGGAGGAUUAUCAUAUAGAACAACUCGUUUUACGAAUUUGAAGUGUAGCGCCGUAGAUCCUUCCUAUGUUGCCUUUGAAAAAUGUCAAUUAAAGAUUCUUGGACGAGGAGUUGUGGGCUUAAAUAUACGAAUGAAACUGUUAAAACCACCCCUUAGCAAUGGUAAAGUAAAUCUGAGUCUCUUACGUAAAUUCAGUGGGUUUCGUCCAUUUAUGUUUAAUGUGACCUUUGAUUUCUGCAAUUUUCUGGCAAAAUCAACAACCGAAUUAUCAUUUACAAAAAUUGUAAUGGAUGCUCUGGCAACAAAAUCGAAUAUAAAUCACUCUUGUCCAUUUGUGAACGAUAUUGUGGUCGAUAAUUUUGUACUGAGCGAAGAAUUUCUGAAAUUUUUACCCUUACCAACUGGAGAAUAUCAAAUUCAAUUCAGUGGAGCUACCGACAAUAAAUGGAUUGAUAAAGUGACUAUCAAUGUGCUACUAGAUUAACAUUUAUAAAUAAAAUUCUAAAGAAAAUGAAUUUUAUUAUUCUUUUCGCAUUCAAAAUCACUUGGUAAGUGAAUUAU